GUAACCACAAAAAAAAAUUUUGUAAUCACACCGGUACCCCCGAAAAACCACUUUACAAGUUCCGGGUGCCAGGGUAACGUUACCCCGGCGCCCCGUACAACAAAAAAUGAAAAUUUCGACUUGAAAACUGUUGGGGAUUAUGUUAUUUAUUAUGUAACAAUUUGUAACCACAAAAAAAAAUUUUGUAAUCACACCGGUACCCCCGAAAAACUCGAUGUACAAUAUGUAUGAUUAGUAUUUUAUAUACUAUACGAUAUCGGACAUGGCUUCAUAAUUGGAGAGCAAGCUAUAUUUGAUGGUCAAAUGAAAAUGGUCAUAAUUAAUUAGGAGGUACUCAUAUAAGAUUACCUCGGCAAUAUUAAAUUAAUGGAUGCAAUGGAUACAAUUUCAUCAACAGCCAAUAAGCUGUUAAAAGAAUUUUCUUUAGACAAUAGAUAUGAAGUAAUAUCAUUGACUGCUUAUGAGGGGAAAAUAAACAUUCAAGAAAAUAUUAACAACUUCUUAGAUAAGGAAUUUAUUGAGUGUAAAAGCUGCAAAAGUGAGAGAGUUAUAACUGCCAGCAUAAAAAACCAUUUGUUGAUAGAACUACUAUCAUUACCUACAGAUCUAGAAGCAUCAAUAAGCAUAUCCAAUCUGAGUGAUAUAGGAGCAAUCCAAAACAAUUAUGCAGGAGAAGUCCAUUUGUAUUUAGAUGAUAUUCCAAAAACAAUAAAAAUUAAUGAUAUUUAUUUUUUGAGAGGAGCUAUAGGGUUUUGUGGACAAGACCGGUGGGGAUUAAGAGUGACCACAGGACACUAUAAAGCGUUUGCAUACAGAUCAAAUGACCAAUGGGAAGUGUAUGAUGAUCUCAGAGAUGGCAUAUCAUUAAAUACAAAAAAGAAGGAAAAUAUUGAAAUGCUAUUGUAUUCAAAAUAAAUUGUAAAUAUAAAACGUCAACAUUUCGAAUUAAUUUUUAUUUAAAUAUAUUCCGUUUCCAAUUAAUACGUGAGGUGCUCAACAGGCAUGUGACAUUUAUGUAAAAUAAAAAAAAACAUAGUUAUCUUACUACAAUUAUUAGCAAUUAAUUAAAAAUAAUGCUAAAGAACACUUUACUGAAAAUUAGAGUGAAUUAGUAAAGUAUAAGUUUAACUUAUUUAACUAUAAAAAUUGUAUUCAAUGUAAAUAAUAUAAAAGUAUACUAAAAUUAAAUAAAUAAAAUUACAGGUAAAUCAAUAUAAAUUAAAACGAUAGUCUGUCAGUUCAUACUACUAAGUAUAUAUUUUUAGUAUACAUUUAUAUUGCUGUAAUUAAUUGUAUUAAUCGAAACUUCUCUUUAGAUCUAAAUAUAUCACCUCAUAUUUCUCAAUUGGUAGUAAAAUGAGGCUAUUUCAGCAAUAAUCAAUAGUUUGUCAACAAUUUGGGAAAUCCAUCGAAAAUUGGAUACAAUUUUUUUUUAACUUAGAGUUUUGUACAACCUAAGUGUAAAAUUGUAUUCAAAAUUUGUCCAAACAUGAAAACUAUUUUAAUUAUUCAUUCAUAACUUCAAAAACAAUGGUCUAAACUCUAGAUACUUGAAAAUUGAAAUGUAAACACAUCUAUAUAAAUGUCUUCCAAAAUAUUGAAAAACACUAAAUACAUAUAAUAUAUAUAAAAGGAAGAAAUCAAUAUUUAGGGACCACAAACAUAGAUGGAAAACUUUUUUUUUGAAUUUAAAAUGAAUGGUUCAAAUUGUCAACUGAACUGGACAUAAGAUAUUGAGUUUGGUUCUAAAAUCUUAAUUUAGAAAAAAAAUCCUAUUCAACUUCUGAGACUCAGGUAAGCAUAUAAUUCAAACAUACAAUUUUCAAUUAAUUUAAAUACGAACUAAAUAAUGAAUGUAAAAAGACAGUAGUUCCGAAGCACCGAUGUGGUUACAAAUUGUUACAUAGUAAAUAACAUAAUGCCCAACAGUUUUCAAGUCGAAAUUUUCAUUUUUUGUUGUACGGGGUGCCGGGGUAACGUUACCCUGGCACCCGGAACUUGUAAAGUGGUUUUUCGGGGGUACCGGUGUGAUUACAAAAUUUUUUUUUGUGGUUACAAAUUGUUACAUAAUAAAUAACAUAAUA